GAAAAAGAUGCCAAGCUCCAAAACUGUGCCCACCACCAUUUCUCCCACUUUCCCUUUCCCAAAAACCUUUUUUGCUCCACCCCACAUGCCAUCUUUGUAUUUUCCUCCACAUUCUUCUCCUUGCCCUUGAUCUUGUUCGAUUUUCUUGGUUUCAACUGAAGGGGGAGGGAAUAUUUCGUGUGAUUUUGUCACCUAAUCUCGUCCCACUCUUCCUCGGAAUCAAAUUCUUUGCUUGAAGCUAAAGUUUGUUUCUUUUUUAUUUGCUACGCCACACUCAAAAGAGCAUGCUCUUUUUUGUUUGCGCAAGAUUCGUGGGUUUGUUCAUACUUGUAUAGAUGAGAAGCGACCUUUGAAAAAAUCUAGGGCUUAAUUUGAGGAGGACAUGUCGGUGGAGGUGGUGGAGGUGGAGGUGGUCAGUGCUGUGGAAGAUGCGGCGGAAUAUUCCUUCGCCAUGGAAUACGACGGGCCGCCGAUUACCUGUGAGCUACCGCGUGCGCUGCCCAUCAAUGUGGAUCGAAUUCCGGUGGCAGCUGUUGUUUCUCCGAUGCCGUUUUCGGAUAAUUUUUCUCUGCCGGUCGUCCAGCCGAUAUCCGCCGGUGACAUAAUUAGUAAGAAGAUGUCGACGGAUCUGAAAUUAAGCUCCUCCUCUUCCGCCGAGUUAUUGACAGUUUCCCCAACUUCAGUGAUUGCGUUCGAGUCACGGAACAAUGAGGUGAGUGAGGGUUCAUACAGUAAAGAAUUAGGGUUGGGAACUGAAACUAGCGUUUCUCCUAGCUCGGUCAAUAAUGCGUCUGGGGAAACAGCGCCUGAAAAUUGCCAUAGAAACGAUGUCUGCGUUUUAUCUGGCGAGUUGAGUAGUGAUUUUGAAUGUAGUAAUAGGGGCGUUAGGGCUGAGGAAAUGAAUGGGAGGGGAUUUUCUUCAGUUAGUCAGGACGACGAUAAUUCGGGGCUUUUAGGGUCUUCAGAUAGCUUUGACAAGUCUAGGGAAUUCUCAGGGGGUUUGCUUAAGGUAAAGCUGUCUGUCAGUUUCAAAGAGAGCUUAGAUUUCAAUGAGUCGAACCGCACGGACUGGGCAUCAAAUGAGUCAGUCUUGAGUAUGGAUUAUCUGUCGUCUCGGGUUUCUUCCCGGAAGUUUGGCAAUGGAAACCAUGAAUCUAGUUGUGAUGCAAGGCGUGCCCACAUGGUGAAAUUCUGCGGUAUAGAGUCGGAUGAUGAAAUUAAUACUAAUGAGUAUAGUCGUUCGGACCCUGAAAUUGUCAGAAUGAAGAAAGAACCUGUGGUUAGAGUCAGGAAAGGAGCUUGUUACUGGUGUUUGAAAGGAAAUAGAUUCACGGAGAAGGAGGUUUGCAUGGUUUGUGAUUCUAAGUUUUGUUCUAAUUGUGUGCUUAGAGCAAUGGGGUCGAUGCCUGAGGGUCGGAAAUGUGUGACUUGUAUUGGAUUUCCGAUUGAUGAGUCCAAGCGAGGCCAUUUGGGAAAAUGUUCCAGAAUGUUAAAGCGUUUGCUCAAUGACCUGGAAGUUCGGCAGAUCAUGAAAGCUGAGAAAUUGUGUGAAGUGAAUCAAUUGCCUCCCGAGUAUAUCUGUGUGAAUGGAAGGCCUCUUUAUCACGACGAGUUGGUGUUACUGCAGAGCUGUCCUAAUCCACCAAAGAAGCUGAAACCGGGGAAUUAUUGGUAUGACAAAGUAUCGGGUCUUUGGGGAAAGGAAGGACAGAAGCCUACACAAAUUAUCAGCCCCCAUCUCAAUGUUGGGGGUCCAAUUAAGGCAGAUGCUAGCAAUGGGAACUCCCAAGUUUAUAUCAACGGUCGUGAAAUCACUAAAUUGGAACUGCGCAUGUUAAAGUUGGCGGGAGUUCAGUGUGCUGGGAACCCACACUUUUGGGUGAAUGAAGAUGGUUCAUACCAAGAAGAAGGACAGAAAAAUACAAAGGGUUAUAUCUGGGGAAAGGCGGGGACAAAGCUUCUUUGUGCUGUACUUUCUCUCCCAUUUCCUUCUAAAUCAUCUCAUCCAUGUGGAGAGCAAGUAAAUAGCACACCUAGUUGGACAGUGCCUGAUUACCUUGAACACAGAGCAAUUCAGAAACUUCUCUUGAUUGGAUGUUGUGGAUCUGGGACAAGUACCAUCUUUAAACAGGCUAAAAUUCUUUACAAAGAUAUACCUUUCUCGGAGGAGGAGCAAGAACACAUGAAAGUAGUAAUCCAGAGCCAUGUGUAUAGUUACAUUGGAAUACUUCUCGAGGAUCGUGAGCUCUUUGAAGAAGAAAGUUUAAAUCAGCUGACGUAUAAUCAGUCUUGUGAAAGUUCAGUUCCUUUAGGAGAUACUGGUGGCAAUCAUGAAAGGACUGUUUAUUCCAUUGGCCCAAGGUUGAAGGCAUUCUCUGAUUGGCUCCUUAAAGUCAUGGCAUCAGGAACAUUGGAAGAAAUCUUUCCAGCUGCUAGUCGGGAAUAUGCGCCAUUGGUUGAGGAGUUGUGGAGUGAUGAUGCUUUUCAGGCAACUUACAAACGGAAAGCUGAAUCGGAAACUCUCCCCAGUGCUGCAAGUUAUUUUCUUGAGCGGGCUGUUGAGAUAUUGAAACCAGAUUACAAACCAUCUGAUUUGGACAUUCUUUAUGCGGAACAUGUUACUUCUUCGAAUGGACUUUCUUGCAUGGAUUUUUCGUUCCCUCAGUCUGCAUAUGAUGAUGAUGCUGACACUGCGGAUCUUCAGGAUCCCUUGCUGAGAUUUCAGCUGAUAAGAUUACAAGCGAAAGGCUCUGGAGAAAACUGGAAGUGGAUUCAAAUGUUUGAAGAUGUUCAAGUUGUUAUCUUUUGUGUUUCCUUGGCUGAUUAUGAUCAGUUUGCUUUAGAUGCUGAUGGAAGCACAGUCAACAAGAUGCUCUUGAGCAAAAGAUUUUUCGAAAACAUGGUUACUCAUCCAACCUUUGAUCAAGUCGACUUCCUUCUCCUGCUAAAUAAAUUCAGCUUGUUUGAGGAAAAGAUAGAGCAAACUCCUUUGAGUAAAUGUGACUGGUUCGAUGAUUUUCAUCCAGUCAUCAGCCGUAACCGCACCAACAAUUCAAACCAUCCCACCCUGGGCCAGUUGGGUUUUCAUUAUAUAGCUGUCAAGUUCAAAAGACUCUUCUCUGCCCUGACCAGUCGAAAGCUUUACGUAUCAUCUGUGAACUGUCUGGAACCAAACAGCGUGGAUGCAUCACUCAGGUAUGCACGAGAGAUUCUAAAGUGGGAUGAAGAGAGACCCAACUUUAGCUUGAGUGAGUACUCAAUCCACAGCACCGAGGCAAAUUCCUUUUCCCACUGAGGUAAGCAGCUAAUUUCUCCGCACGAUUGUACAGAAUUUUCUAUAUUAAUGCAAAAACAUGUUAGAUCAUACUCUGCUAAUGUUUUCUGUAGUCGGGCUAUUGCUGAUAGGUUGAAUAGUAGCAGCUGCCCUUGUAAGAAUUACGUGUGUCUUGGGUUUUUUAUACGUUAGUUCUCUACCCCAUUUAUGAUAGAUAGUUCGCUGUAAAAUUCACGAAACAAAAUCGUCUGUGUAGAGUAUGCAUUUGUUGCAAUGGAAUUUGAUUCAAUGUUUUUCCAUUUCA